AUUAGUGGCAGAUCCUGUUAGUGAGAUAUUACAGUGUUAUAUUGAUAGACUAGCUCAAGUUGUUCUUACUGAGGAAUCAGUUGAUCUCUUACAUACAGAGGGAUUGAUAUCUAAGGAUACAUUAACAGAAGUGAAGAGUUGCGGUUGUUCAUUGGUAGGAGAUCCAAUGUUACUAAUAUUAAGUGCUGUAGCUGAAGAUCAUAGCAAGUUAUGUACUCUGACAAGCAUUCUAAUGAAAUCAAAGGAAGCAGUGUCUUUAGCUAGUGAUAUAAUAAUGGAAUAUGGAAAGUCAUUUCCUUCAGCAGUAACAGUGAUGCCAUCUUGUCAACAAGCAAGUACUUCAACAUCUUCAAGAUCUGGACAAUUACAAGAUAGUAGUAGUGAGACUCAAGUAACUACCAAUACUGAUACUACUGCAAAAGGAUCUGGACAAUUACAAGAUAGUAGUAGUGAGACUCAAGUAACUACCAAUACUGAUGCUACUGCACAAGUAGAGACUGUCAUAUUUUAUCCUGAUGAUAAAGCUGAGUUUGAUAGAAUGGGUGAUAUGCUUGGUACACUUAUUGAUGAUAUUGCUCCUCUCAUUGAAAAAUCAAUUCUAUCUCUAAAUCACCUUAAAACCUUUCUUGGAAGGUGUCGUCGAACUUUGAUGAUGUAA